AGCAGGAUUAACCCGGGCUUGGACGACCCGCACGGAAGGUCACGCUGUAGUUGGCGGGAGAAACGCAAGCCGCGGCGAGGCCCGGUCCUCGCAGGCCCGCCUGCCAAGGCCCGCCGGCCCACGGGGCCUUAGCUCUCGGGAUGACGAAACCUCACUGUUAGGAACGGUUAAACUGUGCGGGCCCACAGCCCAACAGAAAGAGGGAUGAGGUUCCAGCAUGCUGAUCCCAUUUUCAGUGAAGAAUUGCUUCCAGUUACUUUGUAACCACAAGGUUCCAGCAGCUGGCUUUAAAAACACAGCAAAAAAUGGGCUCAUUUUACAGUCAGUCUCCAAUGAUAUAUAUCAAAACCUGGCUGUAGAAGACUGGAUCCAUGAUCAUAUCAAUCUAGAUGGCAAGCCCAUUCUUUUCUUUUGGAGAAAUUCUCCCUCUGUUGUAAUUGGUAGGCAUCAGAAUCCUUGGCAGGAAUGUAACCUGAAUCAGAUGAGAGAAGAAGGUAUAAAACUGGCUCGGAGAAAAAGUGGAGGAGGAACAGUCUACCAUGAUAUGGGUAAUAUCAAUUUGACCUUCUUUACAACUAAAAAUAAGUACGAUAGAAUGAAGAAUCUAAAAUUAAUUGUGCAAGCUCUGAACUCUGUCCAACCCCAGUUGGAUGUGCAGGCUACCAAAAGAUUUGAUCUUAUACUUGAUGGACAGUAUAAAAUCUCAGGAACAGCUUCUAAGAUUGGCCGGACUGCUGCUUACCACCAUUGCACCUUACUGUGUAGUACUGAUGGGGCCUCUUUGACUUCUUUCCUGAAGAGUCCUUACCAAGGGAUUAAGAGCAAUGCUACUGCUAGCAUUCCUGCUGUAGUAAAAAAUCUUUUGGAAAAAGAUCCCACACUAACUUGUGAAGUACUGAUGAACGCUGUUGCUGAAAGGUAUGCUACUUAUCAUCAAAUUGAUAGUCAUAUUAACCUAAUAAACCCAACAGAUGAGACACUGUUUCCUGGAAUAAAGAGCAAAGCCAAGGAACUACAGACUUGGGAGUGGAUAUAUGGCAAAACUCCAAAGUUCAGUGUAAACACUUCUUUUAACGUAUUAUAUGAACAGUCAUGUGUAGAAAUUAAAGUGUUCAUAGACAUAAAGAAUGGAAGAAUUGAAAUGUGCAAUAUUGAAGCACCCGAUCAUUGGUUGCCACUGGAAGUAUGUGAUACAUUAUGUUCAGGUUUUAUUGGCAGCAAGUUUUACCCAAUAGAAACUACUUUGAUGACAAAUAUGUUACUUAAAACAUAUCCAGAAGACUAUGAAUUACAUAGUAAAUGGAAUAUCCUCUGUGAAAAAAUCAAAGGAAUAAUGUAACUCCAAUUAACUUUCAUUUACUGGAAUUCAAAGUGGGGUUUGAAUUCAUGGCCUCACACUCUAGUUUGUCUUUUUUACUCACAGCUGGCACUCUACCUCUUGAACCACACCUCCAAUCUGCCAUUUUUGCUAAUUAAUUACAGAUGGA